GCUUCUCAAAGAAAACGUUAGAAUUCUUUCUUUCAUCAAAUUUUCAUAAGAGAAAAAAAAAAAAAAAAAAAAAAACUCAGGGUAACGGAGAUGGGUCAAAAAGGGUAUCAAUCACCAGUGAAGAAAGUGUUAUCAUGGGUUCGAAAACAAUCAAAGAAAGUGAAAAUCUUAUUGGGUUUAAUCACAGCUAUCAUUUUAUUGGUGACUCUUAAGUUAGUUGUUCAUGAUCAUAACUACUUCUUUGUUGUGGCUGAAGCUGUUCAUUUGAUUGGACUCUUGGUUUUGAUUUACAAAUUGACUACCCUCAAGACUUGCUCUGGCCUUUCAUUGAAGACUCAAGUGCUUACAGCUAUAUUUUUGGCGGUAAGAUUAUACUGUAGUUUCAUCAUGGAAGCAGAUAUCCACACUGUGCUAGAUCUUAUCACCCUUGUGGCAACAUUGUGGGUCAUAUAUAUGAUGAAGUUCAAGCUGAAGGCAUCCUACAUGGCUGAUAAGGAUAACAUGCCCUUAUAUUAUACGAUAGUUCCUGCUGCGGCUUUAUCCUUCUUUGUCCAUCCUACUACAAGUCAUAUUCUCAUCAACCGGAUGCUUUGGGCUUUUUGUGUAUAUCUGGAAUCCGUCUCGGUGCUGCCUCAGCUUCGCUUGAUGCAAAAUGUUCAGAUAAUUGAGCCAUUUUCAGCCCAUUAUGUUUUUGCAUUGGGUGUUGCAAGAUUCUUGGGUUGUGCUCAUUGGAUUAUUCAGGUUUAUGAUACUGCUGGAGCAUACAUAUACUUGGCUGGACGAGGUUACUUCUGGAUACCGAUGGUCUUUUUGGCAGAAAUCGUUCAAACAUUCAUCUUGGCUGAUUUCUGUUAUUAUUACAUUAAGAGUGUCAUGAGCGGCCAAUUGAUCGUUCGCCUGCCAACGCCGGUGUAAAACGAUUAUGACUGUAUCAAAGAGACUGUAGCGUUUGUUAGUUCCUAAGUUAUUAUGUGAAAUCAACUUAGAGCUUUUACUCUGCUGUUUCUCCAUCCUACCUUUUUCUUUGACAAAGAAGCAAAAGAUUUUGUUUUGGAGAUUUGGCAUUUUUCUGAAUUUGAAAUCUCAAGAGCAAAAGUUUCAGGGA